AAAAAUACCAGCAAAUCAUAAAUCAUAAACAAAAAUGAAAAAGGCAAAACCAUAAAAAAGGAGAAGAAUCUUAUAAAGCUAAACCCUUUACAAUGGCGCGUACAAUCGCUAGCUACUACUACAUUGGAUUAUGAUUGGUAUCCUUCCACCAUAACCAGUUCAAAUCCCACUAUAACUACUAAUUCUAUUCGUUUUCUUUAGAUCUUCUUCUUCUUGCCUUCCAUUACCAACCAAAUUUAAUCUUCUCAACCUUCUAACUCUUGCACUCCCAAUUUUCUCCUGCAUUUUCCGCGUCUAAAUUCAUCUUUUGCCUUUUGUUAUCUAUGGAAAUUUCAAUUACAGUUUGUAAAUCUUCUUAUACUGUCAUUUUCUAAUUAUUUCGUAGAAUUUCUUCAAGAAAACACAGAUAAAGAAAAUGGGUACUGGGAAACACCGUCUUUGGAAAGGUUCAAGCAAAAAAACUACUACUAGUAAGCCUGAAGAUGGACCCGUUGAACCACCGGCUGAGUUCGUAUGUCCGAUUUCUGGGUUACUCAUGGCCGACCCUGUGAUUGUUUCUACGGGUCAAACAUUUGAACGAGCCUGUGUUACUGCUUGCAAAUCUUUAGGUUUUAAACCCACUUUAAAUGACGGUUCUAUACCCGAUUUCUCAAUGGUUAUCCCCAAUUUAGCCCUUAAAACCUCCAUUUUUAACUGGGUAAAAGCUUCUUGUUCUAGUCCUCCACAACCCCUUGAAGUCUCUGAUGCUUUAAAGAUUUUGAAGUCAUCAUCAAUGGUGCCAAAAGAGAAUGAAGUUGGCGUGUCUGGUGAGUUAAUUGAACGGGUUGGGGAAAACCCAGGUUCGAAUCUUUUACAACACUCCGAAAGCGAGUUAAAUCGGAGACAAACUCAAUUUAACUCGUCCGAGUCAUUGUCAGGAUCGUUCAGAAAGACGCCAUUAAUGUUAGCGAUUCGACCGAGUUGCUACUCACCGUGUUCAUCGAGUUCUGAGUUUGAAUUACCCGAGUCAGGUACGUGCGACGAUGAUGGGUACGUGGCAAAAUUAAGAAGUCCACACGUGUAUGAGCAAGAAGAAGGAUUGAUUGCGUUAAGGAAGAUAACCAAGAAUAGUGUGGAGUCUCGUGUUAGUCUUUGUACUCCUCGUCUUCUUUCUGCUCUUCGAUCUUUGAUCACUUCCAAAUAUUCUGAUAUUCAGGUGAACUCUUUGGCAUCGGUGGUCAACUUGUCCCUUGAAAAAGAGAACAAACUUAAGAUUGUAAGAGCGAUGUUUCUUCCUUGUCUAAUUGAUAUUUUGAGAGGGCGAUUUCAUGAGGCGCAGGAUCAUGCUUGUGGUGCACUCUUCAGCUUAGCUCUUGAUGAUGGGAACAAAACAGCAAUCGGAGUUCUAGGUGGAUUACAGCCAUUGCUUCAUAUCAUGAUGAGAUCCGAGAGUGAACGUGCCAAGGAUGAUGCUGCAUUAGCUUUGUACCAUCUCUCAUUGGUCCAGAGCAACCGGUCAAAGAUGGUAAAAUUUGGUUCAGUCCAACUACUACUUGGCAUGGUUAGGUCGGGUCAAAUGCCUGGGCGGGCCUUGCUAAUAUUAUGCAACUUAGGAGCCUGUAGUGAAGGGAGGGCUGCCAUGCUCGAUGCUGGUGCAGUUGAGUUUUUGGUGGAAUUGCUGAAGAAGGGCAAAUUUGAUUCUGAGUCAACUCAAGAGAGCUGUGUUGCAGCACUUUUUGCAUUGAGUCAUGAUGGGGGGUUGAGAUUCCGAGGAUUGGCCAAGGCAGCCAGGGCAAUGGAAGUGCUUAAGGAUGUUGUUGAAAGGAGUAGUAGUGAACGAGCAAAGGAUAAGGCAAGACGGGUCGUAGAGCUAUUAAAAGCAAAGGAGGAAGAAGAGGAAGUAGAUUGGGAGAAAUUACUCGAGUUAGGGUUACACAGUCGAAGCAUACCUCAAGGUCAAUCAUGCCGGAAUUCUAGCAACUUUUGAGUGUUUAAAAUGGUGGUUGUGUUGAUAAAAUUGGUGUUGAUUUUGAUAUUUUGAUAUGUGAUCGUAAGUGUAAAUAAUUGGUUUGUUAAAUGUUGAUCAUUCUUUGUUAUGCUUUGAAAAGGUUUAUGAAGUCUAGAAAUGGUUAGUUUGAGUUGUAUUAGCUUUUUGAAAACUUUUGUAAUACAGCUCAAUUUAGCAGAUGAACAGGUAUUUUUUGUUGUGUGCAA